UGUAGCUGUGUACUGUUGAUGGCGAUCUGCCCGUUGAUUCUCGAUCAGACGGUCCAGGGAGGGGGCAUGUCUCCGGUGACAUGCCAUGUUCCUGGAUCUCAAUCCCAAAACGAUCGAAGCUUCCUUCCCUCGUCUCUGGUUCUCUACCAGUCCACCCGCUCGAUCCCGCGGACCGCUCGACCCCGCGGAGCUAGGGUUCGCGCCGCCAGCCGGCGACCCGGCCACGUCCCGUUCGCCGGUGACCACGCCCCGUCCCGUCCGCCGCUGCCCCGUACCGUCGCCGGCGACCCGUCCCGUCCGCCGGCGACCCGUCUCUUCCGCCGCCGCCUCGUCCCGCCCCGUCCCGUCCGCCCGCAGGCUGUUUCAAAGCCUAGAUCCGCCACUGGAGCUGACUUUCGCGCCGGCGGUUCUUCUGUAGUUUCUGUCAAGAUGGGGUUGUCUUCGGCCGCUGAGAUCGACGGGGCGCAGCUGUGUAUCUUCGACCUGAGGAGAGGGCAGCAGGAGGGGCAGGAGCUCGACAAGAUCCUCUUCUUCCACCCGGCUGACUGCCCCAUCCUGCUCCAGCUCUCCGUCAUUGGCCUCUGCGAAGGAAUCAUCACAUUCACAAGAAUAUUUUCUCCAGAAGAUGACUGUGAGGUGAUAGAAUCUGAUAAACACUGCCAUGUUUUUUACCAAGCUGAGCCAGAUAUUUGGAUGGUUCUGGUGGUGCAGAAAAUUAAGGACAAUGAAUCAACUUUGCGCUUUGGUGCAUUGCAAGGAAUACUAAAAGAAUCUCAUUCGCUUUUCACAAUGUUUCAUGGACCAAUUCGAACUUUACUUGACAGACAACCAAGUGCUGAAUUUGCCCGCGGUCACCUCCACACAUUUGUCACAGAUUAUUUGAGCGAUUUUAGUGUUGGCAAAAAGCUACAAUUGCCAACCUACCGUGAUAGCCUAACGGAGCGGGGAACAGUCCAAAUGCUAACUGUCUCACGAGAAGUGGCACUUGAAGUUCAGUCACUCACCACAGUUCUUGGGUCAUGCCUUCGAAACGUAAUCUGCCAAUCAAUUGUAUUAUUUGAGGACCUCUUGGUGUCUACGACACUUCCCCUGGAUGAUACAUUAAACCUAUACACUUAUGCAAUCCUGCGGUUGACUCCUAGUGCUUUAUCUUCCAACGGGAAUUCAUGGUCCUAUUUGCGUAAAGGGGGUUAUGUUAAUGCUGACACCACUUCAAGUUCGGCAAAUGGAGCAGCUGCAGCAGAAAGGUACAAUAGUCGAUCUCGUGACACUUCUCCUGGUGGACAAAAUCAGAUGCACCAUAAUUUCAGGCCUCUUCAGCGUGAGAAAUUGUCCAAGGGAAAAGAUGGUUUUGUUGCUGCUGACUUUGUAACUACAGAAAUUCGUGGUGCUGUACCGCUGAAUCCAAUACUGUGGUUCCAUCAGGCAGAGGAGCGCAUGUAUUUAUGUGUUUAUCAGCAUAAGAACCUUACUAUCUUGCUAGUGAUUCCAGCUUCCUCACUGAUAAAUGGAGAAGAGGGUAUUGCUCAUGUGAAGAGGCAUCUUCUUGAAAAUGCCUCACAGAACAUUGUCACUGUUGAACAAAAAUUAUCACGAGGAUGGGGAGGAGAAAAUGCCUAUCAUGUCGGUGGAUACCGUUAUAUACUCUCUGAUCCAAACAGAAAAGUAUCAAGAGCCUCCCCACCUGGGAAAGUCAUCACCUUGUCAAAGGAUUCUCUUCUUGCCCUCAACAGGCUAAGAGGAGAAAUAGAUCUAGAGAAGUCAAGAGCUAAGAGGAGUGACCCUACCCACGACAAGGAUUAUGAAGUAUGCAUCAGAGCGAAAAAUAAUGCAUGGAUUAUUGCUAAAAUUUCUCGAGGAAAAGAACUCUAUAUGGCUAUAGAGAAGGGCGGCGAAACACUUCUCUAUGCAUCUACAGCUGUUGAGAAAUUUAGCAACAGGUACUGUGAGGGGGCAUUCUCUACAGACUAAAAGCACCAGCACCAGCACCAGCAUGUUUCCCAGGAUCCAGUCCAGCACUGCACAUGGUUGUCGACUGGAUCACUCCCUAAUGUGUGUAAUUGAUGUCGAUCUCAUGCAAUAACUGGAUUCAUACCAGUUGUACAGCUGCCAUUUGGAAUAAAAUUAUGCGGAGCAGGAACCAGCAUGUUCUGCCCUAGGUUCUGCGGCCUUAUGGGAUACAGUACUUAGGAACAUUCUCGUUUCUAUCUCAUGUUAAAAAAGGAAGAUCAUUUCAAUCUGUAAAUGCCGACGGAGGACCGCUAACUCGUACUCCGUUGGAGUACAUGUAUUACGGGCCAGUUCUCUUGCGCUCGUAGAUGGCUUACCCUGGAAAUUAAGCCUCCUUCAGAAAAAGAAAACUUGGAAAUUAAGGCCAAGCUUGAAAGAACUUUGUCUUUUUAGGGUAAAA